GACUACAAAUAAGCCAGAGGUGACUGCAGCCAGGGUGAGAGACACAGUACUCGUUUCUGAGCCAGAGACUAGUGAAAAAACCCAGCUGCAGCCAUGGCUCAAGCUCUGGACAUUGAUCGGUGGGACCUGGAGUGUGAGUUGAACAACACCGACCAUUAUACUGAGCUCAACGGCCUCGAUCGUCUCAUUGUGAGGAGAGGCCAGCCGUUCACAAUCAGCCUGUACCUGCGCUCUGGAAGUUACCAACCGGGUGCCAGCUCUCUUGAAUGCAUUGCAGAAACAGGCCCUCAGCCAGCUGAGCAGUAUGGUACCAGGGCCUCCUUUGGCCUGUCUGCCAACAUUGAUACCUCCCGCUGGAGCGCUGCUGUCAUCGGCCCCCCUGGGGACAUGGUGGCCUUGUCCAUCUGCACUGCACCUGAUGCACCAAUAGGCCGCUACACCCUGACCCUGGGGGGAUCAGGGCAUUUCGAGUUCAUCUUGCUCUUUAAUCCCUGGUGCCCAGGUGAUGUUGUGUAUAUGGAUAAUGAGCAGAGUUUGGCGGAGUAUGUCUUAUCCCAGGAUGGAAUCAUCUUUCGAGGCAGCUCCAGCCAUCCCACACGUACUCCCUGGAACUUUGGCCAGUUUGAAAGUGGAAUCCUUGAUAUCUGUUUGAGGAUUCUAGAUAUGAAUCCUAAAUGUUUGAGGAAUCCUGGCAAAGACUGCUCAGGGAGGAGAAAUCCCAUAUAUGUGUCCAGAGUGCUGAGUGCCAUGGUGAAUUGUAAUGAUGACAAAGGGGUGUUGGCGGGAAAAUGGACAGGAGGCUAUGAAGGAGGUGUGAGCCCCAUGUUUUGGAGGGGCAGUGUGGAGAUUCUACGCAAUUGGAACACACAAGCCUGUCAGCCUGUUCGUUACGGACAGUGCUGGGUGUUUGCUGCAGUGGCCUGUUCAAUUUCCAGAGCCCUUGGCAUUCCCUGUAGGGUUGUCACCAACUACUGGUCAGCCCAUGACAACAACAGCAACCUGGUGAUUGAACGCUAUGUCAAUGAACAUGGAGACCCCAUUCAGGGAGAAAUGAUCUGGAACUACCACUGCUGGGUGGAGAGCUGGAUGACCAGGCCUGACCUUAAACCUGACUUUAAUGGCUGGCAGACCAGCGACCCUACGCCUCAGGAAAAAAGUGAAGGAGUGUACUGCUGUGGCCCCAUCCCUGUCAGGGCCGUCAAAGAGGGUGAGCUCAUGUGCAACUAUGACGCUGCAUUUGUCUUUGCGGAGGUCAAUGCUGAUGUCAACACCUUCAUGAAGAAAAACGAUGGCAGCAUAGCAAAAAUCACUUAUACUGCAGUGGUAGGUCAAAAUAUCAGCACCAAGGGGGUGGGCAGUGACACCAGAGAGGACAUCACUCAUCUCUACAAGUACCCUGAAGGUUCUGAUGAAGAGCGGGAGGCUUUCAAGAAGGCCAACCACCAGAACAAGCUGCUCCGGCAGCAGCCGAGUCCAGGCCUGCACCUCGCCAUCAAGGUGACAUCAGACAUGAGGAAGGGCUGCGACUUCGACGUGUUUGCUGUGGUUACUAACAACACAAAAAGCAAUAAGAAGUGCCGCCUGGUUUUUGGAUCCUGCGCUGUGUCCUACACCGGGCAUGUGGGAGAGAACUGUGGCUUUAAAGAUCUGCUCAAUGUUGAGCUCUCACCAGGCGCAGAGAGGAAGGUUCCGCUGCGGUUGAACUACUCCAAGUACGGUGGCUUGCUCACUGAGGACAACUUAAUUCGUCUGGCAGCUGUUUUGAUCGACUACACCACCAAAGAGUCAGUGCUGGUGGUAAGGAACAUUGUGCUGGAGAAUCCUGAAAUCAAAGUCAGGAUCCUAGGUGAACCAAAGAUGAAUCGGAAGCUGGCUGCAGAGAUCACCCUCAAAAAUCCGCUGCCAGAGCCGCUGGAGAACUGUUGCUUCAGCAUCGAGGGGUCCAACCUCACUGGAGGAUGCAUCAUCUCUGAAAGUCUUGGCUCCUCAGUGGCACCUGGGGAAGAUGCCAAAGUGAAAAUUUACUUCACUCCUACUCAUUCAGGGCUAAGGAAACUGGUGGUCGACUUCAACAGCAGCACGCUGUGUCAUGUCAAAGGCUACAGAAAUGUCAUAAUUGGAAAAUAGAGCUUUCCAGUCCAGCAGUUUUAAUGCUCUUUAUCUUUUUUAGAACUGUUAUUUUCAACCAUUUAAAGAUUAGCAAAAGUAGUGAUUAAUACACCGUAGCCCAGAAUACACUGUCCAAAUACUCUGUAAUCACAUUUUAUAUUACUAAUUUUUACUUGUAACUUUUAUACUUUCAAAUGCAAGAAAUAAAACUGUUGUUACA